AUGCACUCGUCUGUCCUCUCCCUUCACUAUGUCCAUAACUCGCUUUUCUGCUCCACGAUUGUUUCACCAACUAAGACGUGUCGCAUCGUUAACGCAAAAUUUGAUACGACCGCUCUCCUUUAUAACGAGUCGCGCCGAGGCGCCACACUACAACUAAAUAAUAUACCUAAUUUUAGAAAUCCUUCUAGUUUUGUUGCUUCUAGCAAAACUUGUGCUAGUAAGCCGCAAUAUGCGCGCAUUGGCGACGAGAACUGGAAUUUAAUUCGGAUGUUUCUUCUCUCAGGGAGUGACGGCUUGUGA